AUGAAUUUUUUAACCACGACAACAUCAAUAAAUAAGUUGAUUACAAAUGAAUAUAAGAAUGAUCAAAAUUCAACAACUACAACACCUUCUCAUCCACUUUUAUUAUUAAAUUUAGAAGAUGUUUAUCAUAAUAGAUUUAAUUGUUACGGAAGAAUUAAUUCUCAACGAUUAAAUAGAAAAAAGACAAACAAUAAAACUUCAAUAAUUCUAUUUGAACUUAAUCAACCAAAUAAAACAUCAUUUGAACUAAAUAUAAUUCCAUAUGAUUAUGAUAAUUGGCGAUCAGCUCCAUCAAUGCCUCGACUUGUAACUAAAUGUGAACAUAAUUUAAUGAUGCAAUUAUUAAAACGUUUCGAUCAAUUAACAAAAAAAUAUUCACUUGAAUAUAUGAUGAUCGAUGGAACAUUAUUAGGUUCAUGGCGUCAUCAUGAUAUAAUACCAUGGGAUGAUGAUAUUGAUUUAUUAAUGUCUAUUCGACUUAAACGUCGUCUUAAUAUGGCUAUUCAAUUAGAAACAUUAUCAUCACCAUAUUAUAUUGAAUUUCAUCGUCGUUGGGAUUCACCAAAAGAAUUUGAAUAUUAUAAAUUUUAUUUUUCAUCCUCACCACGUUUUAGUCAAUAUCCAUGGCGUUAUCCAUUUGUUGAUUUAAUUUUUUAUCAUGAAAAUAAAACACAUAUAUGGCAAGAAAAUAUGCAACAUAUUUCAAGUAUAUCAAAACAAAAUAUAUUUCCAUUAAAAUUUCGUCCACUUGGAUCAUUAUGGUUACCAGCACCUAAAUCUCCACAUGAGUAUUUUAUUAGUGUUAAUUGGACAACAUAUGAUUAUGAAUGUUAUAAUGGUCCUUGGUCACAUAAAUAUGAAAGACUUAAAGAUAUUGAUUAUAGUAAUGAAUUAAAAUCAACAAUUGAUUGUAAAGAAUUACGUGAAUAUUAUCCAUUUGUUGAACGAUCAUUGACUAAUAAAGAAGAACGAUUAGUUAUCAAUGGUACAGUAAAACAUAUUAUUAAAAUGAUUAAUGACAAAUAUGAAUAA